AUGUCCCCAUACAAAUGGCCCCUUUGGUGGCGCCUCGUUAUCCUUUUCAACGUUAGCUUCUACAACCUUCUCGGCAAUGCUUGGUCUGCUGGCCUGUCACCCAUUUUCGAGUUGGUCAUGAAGGAGUUCAACUGCUCCCAGUCGCAGGCUUCGGAUCUGACUACUUUUUCCAUCUUGAUGCUGGGAAUAUCGAAUCUGUUCGCCCUCCCCUUAGUCGUUCUUUUCGGGAAACGAUACACGAUCCUCGCGUCAUUGACCCUCUUCAUCGUCUUCAAUAUCUGGUCCGGCGAGGCUUCCGACUAUGAAUCUCUGAAAGUUUCUCGUAUCCUUGGCGGUCUCGCCGGGGGGUUGGUUGAAGCCCUUGGCCCGACCAUAGUACACGAGACUUUCAGAGAUCAUCAGCUCGCUCGAGCCAUGGCAGUCUAUGUCGGUUGCCUAGCAGCUGGGUCUGCGUUGGGACCUAUUUUCUCCGGUAUCGUCGCCCAACACCAAGGAAGCUGGAGAUGGUAUCUGAGGAUCCUUUCCAUUGCUACCAGUCUUAACCUACUGGCGUCGAUUCUUAUGCUUCCCGAGACUACCCACAAGCCAGAGCUGACAAACGACACUGGAUCGGACUCUGGAACGUCUAAUCCGAAGGCGACAAGCUCUAUCGUCGAGAACGCCCCAACCACAGCGACCACGCCCGAGCCUACUGUCUCAUCUCGAACCGAGUGGAUAUCGCUAUCCUUUACAAAGAAACCCAUGCCGUUGGAAUGGAGCCGAGCACUUCCGGCUUUCUUCGAACCGCUGCAGAUGCUGAUCGUGCCUCGAGUUCUGGUCACUGUCUACGUCUUUGGACUUACCAUCGGCUGGACAGUGAUUAUCUCGAUCCUGUUGGGUAUGACAUAUGCCCAGCCACCGUUGCUAUGGGGUUCGCAGUCAAUCGGCCUCCUCAAUGUUGCACCUCUGUUGGGUCUCCUUAUUGGACUUCCAUUUGGCGGCUACCUUUCAGAUAUUUUGUUCAUACGAUCGGCGACAGAUGGCAGGGGCCCUAGCCCUGCAAGCCGUCUGCCAGUCGCCCUUCUCGGCAUGCUCAUCAGUCCUUCAGGCUGCUUGGUUCUUGGCUACGGUCUCAAACACCCUGACACCUGGAUCCAAGUAUGUGUAGGAUGGGGUAUGCUGGCCUUUGGAUUGACAGCCUCAGCAAACGUCCUGCUUGCUUACGCUGUUAAUACCAUCCCAUCACGUGCUGGAGACAUCGGAGUUCUUGUCAAUUUCAUGAAGAAUACGGUCGCUUUUGGAGUAUCAUACGCUUCGCUUCCUUGGAUGAAUGGAGUUGGUCCCGUCAAACAGUUUGCUACAAUGGCAGCGUUGCUCUGGGUUGGAUAUCUGAUGGUUUUUCCGGUUUGGUUGCAUGGCAAGACUCUCUUUAAGAGAUCAUACACCAACUCUCUGGCUUGA